AUGUCACUUACAAAUAGUCUACCAGAGACGACAUACACAUUUGAAGUUACAUCUCGUGCACAACUAAACGCACUUCCCUUUGAAGAACUCUCUAAGCAUAGAUCUGAGAUUGAUGCAGAUCUAGCGGUUUUGUUUGAUCAUCUGCAGAAUAAACUGCACGCUAAUAUGGAUACAGAGCUAUUAACAUUAGAUGGAUUCCCAAGAGCUGAUAUAGAUGUUGUACAAAUUCGUCUCUGUCGUGCAAAAAUCAUCAAAUUACAAAAUGACUACAAAUGGAUCAGUGAAACCUUGUUGGAAAAAAUGCAACAACAGCUGCAACAGAAUGCUUAA